AUGAACUUCUCCAAUGCACAGUUUGUAUUUAACGGGACAGAACCCGCGGGAUCGAGUCACGAAUUUCAAAGUUUGCCUAUCAUGCUGAUUGGUGUUGUGAUGACAGUAACAGCGGGAAUAGGGAACUUCACAUUGUUGCUCACCAUAUACAAAAAUCCUCACAGAAAUUUAAGGUCUCCGAGCACAAGUUUGGUUAUAAAUAUGGCCAUCGCUGAUUUCAUGCUGGGAGUUUUUGCGGGAAGUCUUCUUACAGCCCACGACGCCGUGCUGUUCAUCGACAAGUCCAAGCACACAGACCGGGUUCAUACCUUAUUGACGGUCGUCAUCUUUACAGGUGUAAUGAGCAUCACUGUGGGUUGCUGCAACGUGGUUGCAAUGGCGUGUGAUCGGUGGGUAGCUGUCAGAUGGGCGUUGAACUAUCGGCACGUAGUAACAGCCAGACGGAUUAAGGUGUCAAUAAUUCUCUUUUGGAUCUAUGCAGCUUUGUUUACAAGCCUCGUUUUUGCACCAACUGUCCCGUACUUUGUAUUUGAAAUGCUUUUCUGCCACCUUCAUGUGUCACUUCCACUUCUUGUACUACCUGUAGUAUACUGGAGGACAUUCAGUGCACUUGAAGCGCAUAUGCGUCGAAUGAAAGACUUGGAGCCUGGGAGUGAACGGAUGAGCCAGAAAACAGCUCAAAGAGAGAGGAACACAACAAAAGCUUUUGUUCUUGUUCUGUGCUUGUUUUAUGUGGCUUUCCUUCCCUAUGUUAUCGCGAUCAACUUAAGUAAUUUUUGCUUGGAUUGUGCAAGUUCAGAAGCGAUAGAGACUUUCCUUCAAAUUUCUCUAAGGUUUAUUUUACUGAAUUCCUGUCUCGACCCGUUUGUGUAUGCCUGGAGAAUCCCGAAAUACCGAAGAGCUGUGAGAACCUUAUUGAGCAGAUACUGUGGCUUCAGGAGACGAGAAAAAAACUCCGUUGGUCCCACAGAUAUUACUGGAACAACGCUGCACGAGACUCUUGGACAAGACAUCACCAACAAUGCAACAUUGCAGAUUAGCAGCACUAUCUUUUAA